AUGGUGCGCUGCAGUCGUGAUUGCCAACUCAUUAUUCGACAGAGGCCGGAGCAUGCAAAAGUUGCCGUGGGCAAGGAGAAGGAUCGCAAGCCUGUCGAUCCUCCACCAAUUCUUCAGUUGAAGAUCAGCCAUACAUCGGAUCCCAGUCAGAAUUAUUUACAAAGUCCGUAUUUCUUCAUGUCAUGUAGCCUGGUAGGACCAUCAGAGGGUGGCUUACCAGCAGGUCCAUUAGGAACAGCACUUGCAGGGACUCUUGUUUCGUCCCUCCACCGUCUGAAAGACACAGACAACAGCGAUGGGGCAUUCUUCAUUUUUGGUGACUUGUCAAUCAAGCUUGAGGGUAGUUUCCGGCUUCAGUUCAACCUCUACGAGAUGCGCGACAAAGAAUGUUUUCAUGUCCAAUCAGUCCAGUCCGAGUCCUUCACCGUUUACCCGUCGAAGAGCUUUCCUGGAAUGUCCGAAUCAACGUUUCUUACGCGGUCUUUCAGUGAUCAGGGAGUCCGAUUAAGGCUGAGAAAGGAACCUCGCACCCUGCUGAAAAGGCGUGGACCAGCUUCUGACGAUUACCAGCCCCGACAAUAUCGCACAAACCAUAGCCGACAGCAGAGUCAUGGAAGAGAUCGUCCAGUAUCCGAGUCGCAAGAUCUUUCCCGUCCGGGUCAGAUCGAGCAGGGAGAAUCAAUGCAGCUCCCAAUACAUUCGCAAUCCUAUGAACCACGGCCGCCACUCGGGCGCGGUUAUUCUCAUCAAUCUUCGGUCUCGAUAAGUGGUUCGUAUAGCGACGAAGGGCCGAAUAAGCGUCCUCGAACGGGUUCCGAACAAAGUUCAACUUACAGCCAUCAAGCCCUCGAUAGCCCUCAGUAUCCUGGGCGAAUGUUUAGUGAUUCAAGUUUUGGUGCUUCGAUUUCUCAGCAGGCGGCGCACCAACAGGCAUAUGGUUAUACAUAUGCACAGUCUCCUCAAUCAUCUAGUAUGUCAUCCCGAGAACAAUACUUUGCACAGCGACUCAAUACCCAAUCAGACAAUUCACCUUCCUUCGAUCCAAAUAGUCAGAGAUCACCACAAUCUGCGUACUUUCCCGCCCAUCAACAAACCAUGCGAUACCAGCAGCCACCAUUAAUGGGAGCAUCGCCGCCGCAACGACUACAAGGUGCACAAAAUACUUUUGAGGGCCUUGGAAUUACUACAAGAACGCAGAUGCCUCCUGGAAUGCAACCACCUGGUAUUUCUGGCAUGGCACCACCGACGUAUGGGAGGAUGAAUACAAAUACCGGAUAUGGAACAUUAGCGGCGUCACCUGUCGGGAGACGAGACAUGUAUGAGCAGUAUCCAGCUCCGAACGAGACUCUUUCGGCGAGUACUAUUACAUCAAACUUGAUGGCGAGCCGUGGCCCUUCUAUUACGACCACCACUGCACCGGGAAACUUGGAAGGGGUUGGCGUUCGUCGUUGA